AUGAGCUCCCAAAGCCAAACACGGGCAAAUAGCCUCGAAUCUGAUUUUGUGGGCAAAGAGCCGUCUACGAAAACAGAAAUCAACAGCGAUGAGAGACUGACGAGCUUGGCCCGCAAAUUGAGCGAGCGGUCAAACAUGUCGAAUUAUCAACACUCCUUCGAACUGGGGAAAGGGAGUGCUCUUGACCCGCAAAGUCCUCAUUUCAACGCCAGAGCCUGGGCCAAGGCAUUCUAUCGUGUCCGCCACAACGCAAAUGAUGGCUCUCCUCCGCGUGUCGCCGGUGUUGCUUUCAAUAAUUUGUCCGUUAGCGGUUACGGGAGUCCCUUGGAUUAUCAAAUGAGCGUCGGAAACGCGGCGUUGAAGCUGCCGACCCUCGUGCACCAGUGGUUUGGCGGAAAGAAACAGAAACUGAACAUCCUCGAAAACAUCGAUGGUUUACUGCUUCCCGGUGAGCAGCUUUGUGUUUUGGGUCCCCCUGGCUCGGGCUGCUCAACUCUCUUGAAGACUAUUGCAGGGGAAACCCGUGGGUUUGAGGUAGACCCCGCGUCAUACAUCAAUUACCACGGCAUCACCCCAAAACAGAUGUCGAAAUACUUCCGCGGCGAGGCCAUCUAUACUGCUGAAGUAGAUGCGCACUACCCUCAACUCGUGGUGGGCGACACCCUCUACUUCGCCGCUCUUGCUCGUGCCCCUCGCGAAAUCCCAGGUGGAAUGAACCGCGAGGAGUACGCCACUCACCUGCGGGAUGUUAUCAUGUCUACUUUUGGUAUUAGUCACACCGUCAAUACCAAAGUUGGGAACGACUUCGUUCGUGGCGUCAGCGGGGGCGAGAGGAAGCGAGUCAGCAUUGCGGAGGCAGCAUUGAGCUACGCUCCUCUGCAGUGCUGGGACAACAGUACACGGGGCCUGGAUAGCGCAAAUGCUAUAGAGUUCUGCCGGACUUUACGAACACAAGGGGAUGUCUUUGGCGUGACUUCGUGUGUCGCCAUCUAUCAAGCUCCCCAAGCAGCCUACGAGCUUUUUGACAAAGUGACCGCUCUUUACGAAGGGAAGCAAAUUUACUUUGGUCCCGCUCAAGAAGCUAAAGGAUAUUUCACCCGACUCGGGUUUGUAUGUCCAGAGGCUCAAACUACGCCCGACUUUUUGACUUCAAUGUCGAGCCCUGAUGAGCGAGUCAUUCGGCCAGGGUUUGAGAACCUAGUGCCCAGAACCUCGGAUGACUUCGCAAAGCGAUGGAAAGAGAGCCCUGAGCGACAAGCACUGCUAAAAGAAAUCCAUCAAUAUUCAACUGAACACCCGUUCAAUGCGACUGACUUUGACCACUUUGCAUCUUCCCGAGAAACCGAGAAAUCGAGCAAACAACGGUUAAAGUCACCAUUCACUCUCUCAUAUUUUGGCCAGAUUCGACUUUGCUUAUGGAGAGACUUCCAACGACUCAAAAAUGACCCCAGUGUCACCCUCGCGAUGUUGAUUGGAAAUUUCUUUGAAGCUUUGAUUGUUGCCAGUGUGUUCUACAACCUUCCCAAGGACACCUCCUCGUUCUUCUCCCGGGGUGCCCUCCUAUUCAUGAUGGUUCUCCUGAAUGCUUUCUCAAGCGUGUUGGAGAUUCUCACCUUGUAUGAGAAACGAACAAUCGUUGAAAAGCACGUGCGAUAUGCACUCUAUCACCCUAGUGCUGAGGCCAUCUCGUCAAUGAUCAUCGAUAUGCCGUAUAAGAUCAUAAACUCAAUUCUUACCAAUCUCGUGUUGUACUUCUUGCCAAAUUUACGAAGGGAACCGGGUCCGUUCUUCUUUCUCCUAUUGGUGUCAUUUUCUAUGAUGAUGGGCAUGUCAAUGUUCUUUCGCUUCUUCGCCUCCCUAACGAAAUCGAUUGAGCAGGCUCUUGCCCCUUCGGCCAUCAUUUUGCUUGCGCUGGUGCUUUACACGGGAUUCGCCAUUCCCGUCAGCUAUAUGCGUGGCUGGGCUUCGUGGAUUCGGUGGCUGAAUCCAGUCUCGUAUGGAUUUGAAGCCGUGAUGGUCAAUGAAUUCCACGGACAAGGAUACCCUUGCACGUCGUUCGUUCCUUCUGGACCAGGGUAUGAGAAUGUGUCGGCGGAAGAAAAGGUCUGCUCAACCAUAGGAGCGGUUCCGGGGACUGAUGUCGUCCAAGGAACAUCAUUUGUCCGCUCUUCCUUUGGAUAUGAGAACAGCCAUCGGUGGCGGAACCUUGGGAUCAUCAUCGCCCUCACUAUUUUCCUUGCAGCCUGCCACUUGAUCACGUCCGAGCUGGUAUCGUCUCAACGCUCUAAAGGCGAGGUUCUCGUUUUCCGCCGUGGUAAGUCCCAGCAAGCUCGAGCAAAGCGCAACAAGGGCGAUGAGGAGCAAUUGCCAUGCCGCGUGGUGCAAAACGAGAAAUCACCCAACGAGGCACCUGAAACCAUUGCCGGGGUUGAGAAGCAAACUUCAAUUUUUCACUGGGAAGAUGUCACGUAUGAUGUCAAAAUCAAAGGCGAGGCGAGGCGUAUUCUGGACCAUGUUGAUGGAUGGAUCCGGCCGGGGACACUGACAGCACUCAUGGGUGUCUCAGGUGCGGGUAAAACCACCUUACUAGACGUAUUAGCCAGUCGUACGACUGUCGGGGUUGUCGGAGGCGAUAUGCUUGUCGAUGGUCGACCCCGGGAUGAUUCCUUCCAACGCAAAACUGGCUAUGUCCAACAACAGGAUCUGCACCUUCACACAACAACCGUACGGGAAGCGCUGGAAUUCAGCGCCCUGCUAAGGCAGCCGUCUCAGUUCACUCGCGCCGAAAAAUUAGCCUACGUCGAUACAGUUAUCGAUCUAUUGAGCAUGAGUGAAUAUGCGGAUGCUAUUGUCGGAGUUCCAGGCGAGGGUCUCAAUGUUGAACAACGGAAACGUCUCACGAUCGGUGUCGAAUUGGUUGCCCGUCCUAAGCUGUUACUAUUCCUCGAUGAGCCUACUUCUGGCUUAGACAGUCAAACUUCUUGGUCGAUUUGCAACCUCAUGGAGACCCUGACACGGAACGGGCAGGCGAUUCUUUGUACAAUUCACCAACCUUCCGCCAUGUUAUUCCAGCGCUUUGACAGACUCCUUCUACUCGCUAAGGGGGGUAAGACAGUCUAUUUUGGCGACGUUGGCCAGGGAGCAAAAACCCUCACAGAUUAUUUUCUUCGCAAUGGCGGCUCUGCUUGCCCUCCAGGCCACAAUCCAGCAGAAUAUAUGCUUGAGGUAAUCGGCGCUGCACCCGGAGCGCAAACAGAGAUUGACUGGCCUUCCGUGUGGAGGAAUAGUCCUGAACAUUCAGAAGUCCGGAGGGAACUUGCUAAACUGAGGGAAUUGGGUAACAACCAGGCGACAGUAUCGGACGACCUAUCAAGCUAUACGGAAUUCGCAGCACCCUUUUUUGAGCAGCUCACCCAUGUUGGACGUCGUGUGUUUCAGCAGUACUGGCGCACCCCUGCCUACGUCUAUUCCAAAGCUUUGUUGACAGUUGGUAGUGCUCUAUUUAUCGGAUUUUCUUUGUUUAAGAUGGAGAAUACUCAGCAGGGUCUACAGAACCAACUAUUCGGUGUUUUUGUCUUCCUCUUUGUGAUCGUCCAACUUGUUCUCCAAAUCAUCCCGUCGUUUGUCACACAGCGCACACUCUACGAGUCCCGUGAGCGGCAGUCAAAGACUUAUGCGUGGCAAGCUUUCAUUUUAUCUAACAUCACCGUUGAGCUCUUCUGGAAUACGGUCAUGGCAAUCUUCUGCUUCCUCGUCUGGUACUAUCCCGUUGGAUUUUACCGCAAUGCCGAGUACACAGACGCAGUUCAUUCUCGAGGCACUCAGACAAUUUUAGUUAUCUGGGCGUCCUUCCUUUUCGCCAGUUCGUUCGCACAUAUGUUGAUUGCGGGCCUGGAUAGCCCCGAGAUUGCAUCAAGCUUAUCUAACAUCUUGUUCAUCAUGAUGUACGUCUUCUGUGGUAUUCUCGCCGGCCCGGACUCUCUGCCGCGCUUCUGGAUAUUCAUGUACCGGGUCAAUCCCUUGACGUAUAUGGUUUCAUCCUUUUUGUCCGGAGCCGUUGGUGAGGCCCCUAUGCGUUGUGCCGACAACGAGAUACUGUCCUUCGCAGCCCCUGCUGGGAUGACCUGUUGGGAGUACAUGCGAGGCUAUAUGUCCACGAACCCGGGAUACUUGCUUGAUUCCGGUGCAGAGAACAAUGAAGCUUGUCGGUUUUGCACUAUGGAGAACACUAAGGAUUAUUUGGAGGGUCUCAACAUCCAUUUCUCCAAUAGGUGGCGGGAUUUCGGUCUGCUAUGGGUUUACAUUGUUGUCAACACCAUCGGAGCUAUCAUCUUCUACAAGCUUUUCCGUGUGCCGAGGAGUAAAAAGGGGAGCAAAGGACAAUAA